UUGUCGCCACGGCUUUGAUUCUAUAAACCCAACAAUAAAUGUUGGUUCUCCUUUCCAGAUUAUACAUCAGAGAUUCAGAUUGAUCUCAGCUGUGUUUUGGGAGCAAUUGGGUGCCUUUGAUCAUAACUUAUUUCAUCUGGGUUCUAACCAGUUUCAGCUGGGUUGUGAUUUAUUUCAUCUGUGUGAUUAGUUUUUUUCCUUUUGUUUGAAUUUAUUUUGCGAAAAAAAUGAGGUCUGCAAUGCAGAGGGCUGUGGGAACUGCAUUGAGAAGAGCAUCUUCAAGGAAUUAUUCAAGUGGAACAACACCUCCACGUAAGGUGGUUGUGCUAGGUGCUGCAGGAGGCAUAGGGCAGCCAUUGUCCCUGCUGAUGAAACUCAAUCCCUAUGUGUCCCAGUUGUCCCUUUAUGAUAUUGCUGGAACCCCUGGGGUCGCUGCAGAUGUCAGCCAUGUCAAUACUCGAGCUGAGGUUGCAGGAUAUAUGGGUGAGGAGCAACUUGGCAAAGCAUUGGAAAAUGCAGAUCUUGUGAUAAUUCCUGCUGGUGUACCUCGGAAGCCUGGCAUGACCCGUGAUGAUCUUUUUAACAUCAAUGCAGGAAUCGUUAAAAACCUUUGCACUGCAAUUGCAAAAUAUUGCCCAGGGGCACUCGUCAAUAUGAUCAGCAAUCCUGUAAAUUCUACUGUGCCAAUUGCUUCCGAAGUUUUUAAAAAGGCUGGGACCUAUGAUGAAAAGAAACUCUUUGGUGUGACUACUCUUGAUGUUGUCCGUGCAAAGACUUUUUAUGCUGGAAAGGCAGGAGUUCCUGUUGAAGGUGUUGAUGUGCCUGUUGUCGGUGGACAUGCUGGGAUUACAAUUCUUCCUCUCUUUUCACAGGCAACACCUAAAGCUAACUCCACUUUGAGUGAGGAGGAUAUUAAAGCCUUGACAAAGCGUACUCAGGAUGGUGGAACUGAAGUUGUUGAAGCAAAAGCAGGCAAAGGCUCAGCAACAUUGUCUAUGGCUUAUGCUGGAGCUCUAUUUGCUAAUGCUUGCCUGAAAGGUCUUAAUGGGGAACCAAAUGUUGUGGAGUGUUCUUAUGUGCAAUCAACUGUUACUGAAUUGCCUUUCUUUGCCUCGAAGGUAAGGUUGGGCAAAAACGGCCUUGAAGAAGUUUUGGGCUUGGGUUCUCUGUCAGAGUUUGAGCAACAGGGAUUAGAGAGCUUAAAGCCAGAGCUGAAGGCUUCUAUUGAAAAGGGUAUUAAAUUUGCAAGUGAGAACUGAGGAUGGCUAGCUUUGGAGUGUGCUGGCAACAACUUCUUUUUGCUACAUUUAGGGAAACCUGAGACCCUUCCACAAAUUUUCAUUAUUGUCAUUUAUUUACAUGCCUCCGGUUAAUUAAUUAGCUCAAAGGAUGCAAGAGUUCUUUAACCUAUUGACAUUUAGAUCUAUGUGAAGAAAUAAUCUUGUUGCACACCCAUUCCAGGAGCUGUAGAAUGUGCUGGCUGCUUCUUUUUUGUUACAUCUAGGAAGCUGAGAUGCUUCCAGCGAUCUUCAUGAUUUUCUUUUAUUUACAUGCCUCCGGUUAAUUAAUUAGCUCAAGUAUGCAAGAGUCUUUAAACCCUAAAACGUUUAGAUCUAUAUGAACUUAUGAAGAAAUAAUCCUGUUGCACGGCUAUUCCAUGAGCAUCUAGUGGCACGUUGGUGCCUGAAUAAAUUUCUUUGGAAGAGGUUUUUUAUUGUCCAGAAUAAAGGGUAUUUUCCAUC